AUGACCAGGACCGUCUUCGCCCUCAUCAUCAUAAACAAGGCCGGUGGCCUGAUCUACAAUCGGAGCUUCCACGAGGGCGGCUUGAAUAAAAUCAGCACCAAUGACUACCUGGUCCUAGCGGGCACAUUCCAUGGCGUGCAUGCCAUCACAGCUCGCCUCAACCCUCUCAAGACUCCCGCCGCCAAACGAAGCUCCACUUCAUCAACCGGCUCGCUCACUCGACCGGAGCUCCCAUCAGGCCUCGAGGUGCUCGAGUCGGAGAACUUCCGGAUGCAGUGCUUCACGACGUUGACGGGCAUCAAGUUCCUGCUCUUUACUGACACGACGCAGGCCAAUGUGGAUUUGACAAUGCGGCGUGUGUACGAUAUGUACACUGACUAUGUCAUGAAGAACCCCUUCUAUCAGUUGGAAAUGCCUGUGCGGUGCGACAUGUUCGACCGGAAGCUGGGAUCAUACAUCAGGGAGAUCAACAACCGAUAG